AUGUCAUUGCCACCUUCAAAAUCUGCUUCAGAUAAUGCCAUCGCCAGCGACUCCUCUGUCGAAGACGAAAAUGAUGCUCCUCUUGUUUUUGUCGAAGAUGUGCCAGCUCCGGGACCCUUUAACCGCAGCAGGGGCUCGCGUGGGUCCACUCACUCGGGUACCCCACGUCCCAUGAGACGCCGUGAAUCCAACACUAAUGUUGAUGCUGUCCAUCAACACCUUCAACCUUCUGAUAUCUCGCCUGCUCAGCUGUAUACUACGGAUUCCGGUAUGCUUUUUCAUGCAGGAAAACUAGCUGUUGUACUUGUGGGGUUGCCUGCUCGCGGUAAAACUCAUCAUUCAGUUGCUCUCACGCGGUACUUACGUUGGCUCGGCGUCAAGUCCCAUGCAUUCCAUCUCGGAGAUUACCGUCGUAAACUAGGAGGCCCCAAUCAUAUUGUUCCAGAUGACUAUUUCCAGCCCAAGUCUUCAGAAGCAACACAGCAAUUUCGCAAAAAAGUAUUUGACGCUUGCAUGAAAGAUAUUUUUUCAUUUUUCGGUGAUGGAGGCCAAGUGGCUAUUUACGAUGCUGUCAACUCUUCAGUCAGCGCCCGAGCAGAACUAGUGAAGCUGUUUUCUGAAAAAAAAAUUGGCUUGCUUUUUGUGGAGUGUAUUGCUACUGACGAUCACCUGGUGGCUCGCAACGUUCGCGAUGUUAAACUCUCAUCCCCAGAUUUUCAAGGUGUGGACUAUAAGGACGCCGUACGCAACUACUUGCGCAGAAUUGAAUUGCGAAUUCCAUUUUACGAAACUAUGGGUGCCCUUGAGACGGAUUUAAGCUACAUAAAACUCAUUAAUGGCGUUGAACAUAUUAAAAUGAAUCACGCACCCAUUGGAUACCUUCAAAACCGCAUUGUAUUUUUUCUGAUGAAUACGCAUGUCAAAUCGGGUAGUUAUUUGUUUGCCCGAGCAGGGCAAAGUGACUCCUCAGAACUGACUUACCGCAACGAUAACUUGCUUUCAGCUAAGGGUCAUGACUAUGCUCAAAAGCUCAAGAGUACUGUUUUGGAGCAUCUUGAAGAGAUUUACCGGGUACAAGUGUCACGUGCUGAAGCAAGCAUAGAUGUGACAGCUUCUGGAACUCCAGCUGAAACUGCCACAACCACAAAAGCAGUGCCUACCCCGACUGCAGGUGUUAGCGGGGUGUCAACUCCACUUCAGCAACAGGACAAAAAGCAAGACGCUCCUCUUUUGACUAAAGAUAUUACCCUAAGUGAGGAUGAAAUUGCCCAUCGUUUGGCCGAAGCUAAAAAGAAGGCCCCUGCACUUGCACCAGAAGAUAAGUUCACGACGCCUACUCCGACAACCUCGCGCAUUUGGCAAACUCCUGUUGUACCAGAGAAGCGACUGUUAUUAGUAUGGAGUUCAAAACGGUUGCGAACCAUAGAGACAGCAAAGUACUUUGCAGAUGAUGGCUAUCCAACAAUUAGUCGUCCUGAAUUGACACAACUCAAUCCUGGCGCUGUGGAUGGGUUGACUGCAAAGGAAAUUCAAGAUUUGUAUCCCGAAGAGUAUGACGUACAUGUUGCAAACCCAUACCAUCACCGGUACCCACGCGCAGAAUCGUAUCACGAUUUGGCUGUGCGAUUGGAGCCGCUGAUUAUGGAAAUGGAACGCAAUGAGGGAGAUUUGCUUAUUAUUGCGCAUGAGAGUGUAUUGCGUGUGUUAUAUGGAUACCUCAUGGCAUGCACAGUAAAUGAUAUUCCAUUUCUCAAGUUUCCACGAAAUGAGAUUGUUCAAAUCACGCCUGGAGCAUACUACAAUACUGCAACCCGUUUCCCAAUCCCUGACGUUGAUCCUUGA